AACACACGGUUUUGGUGGUCCAUUGCAAAUUCAUGUCUAGCCUUGGCUCCCCACAAAGAGCUUCCAACACCGCGGCAAAGCUCGGUGUGGGGCGCCGAGGGGCGGUGCGCUGUGGAUGUCAGUGGAGGCGGAAGGAUAGCGUGGAUUAGGCCUGCGCACCCGGCACCCUCUCCAAUGCCCCCCAGACCGCCCCAGGGCCCCGGCUGUGAGGGUGACAGCGGCCCCUGAAGGUGACUCGAGCUCCAGGAGGUGUCUGUGACGUCCCCCGCAGGCUCAGGAACAGGGGAAGCCAGGGGCUCCUUCUCCAGGCCCAGCAGCCCGGAGCCCGAACGCCUUUGCAGAGCGUCCCUUCCCGUGUCCCGGCUGCCCUGAGGCCGGAGACGCUCGCCUUUGUAAAGCGCCCCUUCCCGGUCUGCAGCGGCCUUACAGCCCGGGCGCGGCCCCCGGAGCGGAAGAUGGCGACGCUGCCCGGCUCCCGGCGGCCGCGAGGGGCCGCGGUGCUGCGCGCUCGGCCCGGCCCGAGCGGCUAGAGCGGCGCUUGGGCCCGCGGCCUCCUCCCGCUGCCGCGCCCCGCCCCGCGCCCGCCCCUCCCCGGGCCCGGCCGUGCCCCGCGUCGCGCUCCCCCGGGAUGGCCCGCGCGCCUCGGCGCUGCGUCUCGGAGCUCUCGGCGGAGCGGCGGCGGCCGCGCUCGGGGGGCGCGCGGCUGCUGCUGCGGCGGCGGCGGCGGCGCGGCGCUUGAAGGGGCCGCGUCGGGCGGAGCAGCGCGCCGCCAACAUGUCGGAUACGAAGGUAAAAGUUGCCGUCCGGGUCCGGCCCAUGAACCGAAGAGAGCUGGAACUGAACACCAAGUGCGUGGUGGAGAUGGAAGGGAACCAGACGGUCCUGCACCCUCCUCCUUCCAACACUAAGCAGGGAGAAAGAAAACCUCCCAAGGUGUUUGCCUUUGAUUAUUGCUUUUGGUCCAUGGAUGAAUCGAACACAACAAAAUAUGCUGGUCAAGAAGUCGUUUUCAAGUGCCUCGGGGAAGGAAUUCUCGAGAAAGCCUUUCAGGGAUACAAUGCUUGUAUUUUUGCAUAUGGCCAGACAGGUUCUGGAAAGUCCUUUUCCAUGAUGGGCCACGCAGAGCAGCUGGGCCUUAUCCCAAGGCUCUGCUGUGCUCUGUUUCAAAGGAUCGCCCUGGAGCAAAAUGAGUCACAGACCUUCAAAGUCGAGGUAUCGUAUAUGGAGAUCUAUAACGAGAAGGUCCGGGACCUCUUGGACCCCAAAGGGAGCAGGCAGUCUCUGAAAGUCCGAGAGCAUAAGGUCCUGGGGCCGUAUGUCGAUGGUCUGUCUCAGCUGGCUGUCACCAGCUUUGAGGACAUUGAGUCACUGAUGUCUGAGGGAAAUAAGUCUCGAACGGUAGCAGCGACCAACAUGAAUGAGGAGAGCAGCCGUUCCCAUGCGGUCUUCAACAUCAUCAUCACACAGACGCUGUAUGACCUACAGUCUGGGAACUCCGGGGAGAAGGUCAGCAAGGUGAGCCUGGUAGACCUGGCGGGGAGCGAGAGAGUGUCGAAGACUGGAGCUGCGGGUGAGCGGCUGAAAGAAGGCAGCAACAUUAACAAAUCCCUUACAACCUUGGGAUUGGUUAUAUCGUCACUGGCUGACCAGGCUGCUGGCAAAGGCAAAAACAAAUUCGUGCCUUAUCGAGAUUCGGUCCUUACUUGGCUUCUUAAGGACAAUUUAGGAGGGAACAGCCAGACCUCUAUGAUAGCGACCAUCAGCCCAGCAGCAGACAACUAUGAGGAGACACUGUCCACGCUAAGAUAUGCAGAUCGAGCCAAGAGGAUUGUGAACCACGCUGUGGUGAAUGAGGACCCCAAUGCCAAGGUCAUCCGAGAGCUUCGAGAGGAAGUGGAGAAACUGAGGGAGCAGCUCUCGCAGGCUGAGGCCAUGAAGGCCCCCGAGCUAAAGGAGAAGCUCGAAGAGUCUGAGAAGCUGAUAAAGGAGCUAACGGUGACGUGGGAAGAGAAGCUGAGGAAAACAGAAGCGAUCGCACAGGAGAGACAGCGGCAGCUGGAAAGCAUGGGAAUCUCCCUGGAGACCUCUGGCAUCAAGGUGGGGGACGACAAGUGCUACCUCGUCAACCUGAACGCAGACCCUGCCCUCAACGAGCUUCUGGUUUACUAUUUAAAGGAUCAUACCCGGGUGGGUGCAGAUACCUCUCAGGACAUCCAGCUCUUCGGAAUAGGGAUUCAGCCCGAGCACUGUGAGAUCGACAUCGCAGCGGAUGGAGACAUCACUCUCACGCCCAAAGAAAAUGCAAGGUCCUGUGUCAAUGGCACCCUUGUCUGCAGUACUACCCAGCUGUGGCACGGCGACAGGAUCUUAUGGGGAAACAACCACUUUUUUAGAAUUAACUUGCCUAAGAGGAAACGGCGGGACUGGUUGAAAGACUUUGAGAGAGAAACCAGUUCCGCGGAGCACGAUCUAGACGCUGCGAGCGAGGCUUCCUCGGAGCCAGACUACAACUACGAGUUCGCACAGAUGGAGGUCAUCAUGAAAACACUGAACAGCAAUGGUGGCUUCCCCAUCGUAAGCCUGUCAGCCUGGUGGUCUUCCCCGUGGUGGUCCUACCUGAAGAUCCUCUUCCCCCUCCUGUGGUUUCAGACGAAGCUCGUCCACCAACACUGGGAGAGAGAUCCAGUUCAAAAUGUGGUUCAGGUCCUGGAGAAGCAGUACCUGGAAGAGAAGCGGACCGCCCUGGAGGAACAGCGGCUCAUGUACGAACGCGAGCUGGAGCAGCUUCGCCAGCAGCUCUCUCCCGAGAGGCAGCCGCCCAGCAGCGCCUCAGACCGUCUGGCCUACAGCAGCCAGACAGCCCAGCAGAAGGUGACCCAGUGGGCCGAGGAGAGGGAUGAACUCUUUAGGCAGAGCUUGGCCAAGCUUCGAGAGCAGCUGGUGAAAGCCAACACUUUGGUGAGGGAAGCCAACUUCCUAGCCGAGGAGAUGAGCAAGCUCACUGACUACCAAGUGACUCUGCAGAUCCCUGCGGCCAACCUCAGUGCCAACAGGAAGAGAGGCGCAAUCGUCAGCGAGCCCGCCAUCCAAGCCAGGAGGAAAGGGAAGGGCACCCAGGUCUGGACCAUUGAGAAGCUGGAGAAUAAGCUAAUUGAUAUGAGAGACCUUUACCAAGAAUGGAAAGAAAAUGUUCCUGAGGCCAAGAGGCUCUAUGGGAAGCGAGGUGACCCUUUUUAUGAAGCGCAGGAGAAUCACAACCUCAUUGGUGUGGCUAAUGUGUUUUUGGAAUGUCUCUUCUGUGAUGUGAAGCUUCAAUAUGCAGUACCCAUCAUCAGCCAGCAGGGGGAGGUUGCCGGGCGCCUCCAUGUGGAGGUGACGCGCAUUACAGGAACCAUUCCAGAACGCAUGGCGGAGGAUGACUCUUCAGAGAACUCUAGUGAGAGCGGGAGUCUUGAAGUGGUCGACAGCAGCGGCGAAGUCAUUCACCGGGUCAAAAAGCUGACAUGCAGGGUGAUAAUUAAAGAGGCAACCGGGCUACCCAUAAGCCUCUCAAAUUUCGUCUUCUGUCAGUACACGUUCUGGGACCAGUGUGAGUCUACAGUGGCUGCUCCAGUGGUGGACCCAGAUGUGCCCUCCCCGCAGUCCAAGGACGCACAGUACACGGUGACCUUCUCUCACUGUAAGGACUAUGUGGUGACUGUCACAGAAGAGUUCCUGGAGUUCAUUUCUGAUGGUGCGCUGGCGAUUGAAGUGUGGGGCCACAGGUGUGCUGGGAACGGAAGCCCCAUCUGGGAGGUGGACUCGCUCCAUGCGAAGACAAGGACAUUGCAUGACAGGUGGAAUGAAGUGACCCGGAGAAUAGAGGUGUGGAUCUCCAUUCUGGAGCUGAAUGAGCUCGGGGAUUAUGCCGCUGUGGAGCUUCACCAGGCGAAAGACGUCAACACCGGCGGCGUCUUCCAACUCAGACAGGGUCACUCCCGUAGAGUGCAGGUCACAGUGAAACCUGUACAGCACUCAGGGACACUGCCACUCAUGGUUGAAGCCAUCCUAUCAGUAUCCAUUGGCUGCGUGACCGCCAGGUCCACCAAGCUGCAGAGAGGGCUGGACAGCUACCAGAGAGAUGAGGAGGAUGGCGGUGAUAUGGAUAGUUAUCAGGAAGAAGACUUGAAUUGUGUAAGAGAGAGAUGGUCCGAUGCACUCAUUAAACGACGGGAAUACUUAGACGAACAGAUUAAAAAAGUCAGCAAUAAAAAAGAGAAAACAGAAGACGACAUGGAGCGGGAAGCCAGGCUGGUGGAGCAGUGGGUGGGGCUGACAGAGGAGAGGAAUGCUGUGCUGGUGCCCGCCCCUGGCAGCGGAAUCCCCGGGGCACCUGCUGACUGGGUCCCACCUCCUGGCAUGGAAACACACAUCCCGGUUCUCUUCCUGGAUCUGAACGCGGAUGACCUCAGUGCCAAUGAGCAGCUGGUGGGCCCCCAUGCGUCCGGUGUGAACUCCAUCCUGCCCAAGGAACACGGCAGUCAGUUUUUCUACCUGCCCAUCAUAAAGCACAGUGAUGACGAGGUUUCAGCCACAGCCUCCUGGGACUCCUCUGUGCACGACUCUCUUCACCUGAAUCGGGUCACACCGCAGAAUGAAAGGAUCUACCUGAUCGUGAAGACCACCGUGCAGCUCAGCCACCCGGCCGCCAUGGAGCUAGUGUUGCGGAAGCGGAUCGCGGCCAAUAUUUAUAACAAGCAGAGUUUCACCCAGAGUUUGAAGAGACGAAUAUCACUGAUCAAUAUAUGUUACUCCUGCGGCGUGACCUAUGAGAUAGUAUCCAAUAUCCCAAAGGCGACCGAGGAGAUUGAGGACCGGGAAACCCUGGCCCUCCUGGCAGCGCGGAGUGAGAACGAGGGCACUUUGGAUGGGGAGACAUACAUCGAGAAGUACACGCGGGGCGUGCUGCAGGUGGAGAAUAUCCUGAGCCUGGAGCGGCUCCGGCAGGCUGUCACGGUGAAGGAAGCGCUUUCCACCAAAGCGAGGCACAUUCGGAGAAGCCUCAGUACACCGAACGUUCACAACGUCUCCUCUAGCCGGCCAGAUCUCUCUGGCUUCGAUGAAGACGAUAAGGGCUGGCCCGAGAACCAGUUAGACGUGUCUGACUACAGCUCCAGCUACCAAGACGUCGCGUGCUAUGGGACUUUACCCAGGGACUCACCUCGCAGGAGCAAGGAAGGUUGUCCAUCAGAGAAUCCUCAUGCCUUAACAGUCAGCCCUUUUAAAGCGUUCUCUCCUCAGCCACCAAAGUUCUUCAAACCCCUCAUGCCUGUAAAAGAGGAGCAUAAGAAAAGGUUGGCCCUGGAAGCCAGACCUCUCCUAAGCCAAGAGAGCAUGCCUCCAUCCCAGGCACAUAACCCUGGCUGCAUUGUAACCCCAGGAAGCAAUGGCAGCAGCAUGCCAGUAGAACACAGUAGCAAACCCGAGAAGAAGAUUGACUCGGAAGAGGAGGAAAACGAGCUGGAAGCUCUCAGCAGGAAGCUGAUGCUUACACAGCCUUAUGUGCCCGUGGAGUUCGCUGACUUCAGUGUUUACAAUGCCAGCUUGGAGAACAGGGAGUGGUCCUCUUCUAAGGCGGACCUGACAGACUCGAGAGCCUUGGAGAAAGCAGUGUCCCGUAGCCCUACCACCAGCAGCCUCACCAGUGGCUACUUCUCCCACAGUGCCUCCAAUGCCACUCUGUCUGACAUGGCAGUCCCCUCCAGCGACAGCUCAGACCAGCUUGCCGUCUCGACAAAGGAGGUCGAGUGCGCCGAGCCCCCGGGACCAUCACUUGCACCGGAUGUCAGACCAGCUUCGAAUCAGGAGCUUACAGAAGUAGGAAGAGGCUCAGGGAAGGAUGAGACAAUCGCUGUGCCGCUGGAGGAAAACAGUGCCUUACCCAAGGGGACCCCGUCACCCCAGAGCAUCCCUGAGGAAAGUUCCAGAAUGCCAUGCAGGACUGCUUCAUGUUCAGAACUGGAUGUCGGCCCCAGCAAAGAUGGCCACCAAGCCAGAGAAUUCUGCCCAGGAGAGGUGACGAUAGAACACACUACAAACAUUUUGGAGGACCAUUCCUUCACAGAGUUCAUGGGUGUUUCUGAUGGCAAAGACUUUGAUGGUUUGGCAGAUUGUUCUGUAGGGGAGCCCUCCAGGAGGAGGGCUCUAACAAACGAAACAGACCAUAAAGGUAUCCCAGAAAGACCUCCAGAUGCCGACCGGCUGCAUCCCAAGAUAGAGAACGACCAGAACUUCCACCCACUCUCUGAGAUUCCAUAAUGAAUUCAGUCUGGUCUGACCCUUCAGAAAGCCCCCUGGAAGGAAGCCACAGCCACUCGGUAAGGGACAGCCAUGCCUCUCCAGGUCACAGCUUGGCAGCUUCGUUCAUCAAUCCCACCCUGGGACAGUCCAUGCUCCAUCUUCAGACAGCUGUGACCCAGCUCGACCUCAGACCAGCAUAGGGGAGCCCUGCACUUCCCCUCCCCAGUGGGAGAAGCAGCACUUUGUUCCAUGGCGAAUCACAGCUCCCUGCUCUUUCCAGAAAGGAAGAGAAUCUCGGCUUACCUACGUGGCAGUAUUUUCGUACAAGCCCCCUCUGUGCAAAGACCUCCACAGACUCAAACUUUAUUCUUGUACAUUUUUAAUCAGUUCUUCCCGCAGACUCUGGAGUCAGUGCUCUGAUCUCUUUUUAUAAAUAAUAUAUAUUAUGUAUAUGAAUUGUGUAUCUACGGUAUGUCUGUCCGGAGACAUAUCUGCACACUGAAAGGCAGAUAGAUGAUUUGUCAAAAAUCCCAAGGUACUGGACUUUGUUACAAAGUGACCCAGUUGACUGCUUUGACAGGAGCAGAUGAGAAGCAUAUCUUAUGUUCUGUAAGAAUGAGGCUCUGAAUCCCUCUCUAUAGAAAAGGUUACAGGCACUGUUCUUUAUAACCAAAGAACUUCCAGGAGACUGAACGUCUUUGCUGUCCACUCUUGUUUUGUGUGAGUAUAUAAUCUCACUCCAAUCUGGUGCCAUACUUCCCUUGGCUACCAAGCCACGUGCUGCCCUUGGUCCCUGUCCCCUUUCCUAAGCACACUGAGAAAUCGCACAGCUGUAACCUUCAGUCUUCCACAUAGCCUGGUACCUACUGACUCGAUAUUGACCACUGACAUGGUUGAGUGGCUGGGACUCCUACUCCACCCUAGCAGUUCUCACAUCCUGUCCACCUAUCCAAGCAGGUGGAGUGCACAGGGAAGUGUUACUGCACACAACGCAGCGAUGUACCAAGAGUUGGGGUACAGCCUUGCUGGCGGCUUCUUUAUCAGUCUAUUUCAGGUCGCUAGAUUCUCUUGUGGUGUGGGUUUGCUGUUUUUGCCUGACUCUGGAAAAAUGCUGAAGAGAAGGACUAAGCUAUCAAGUUCGUAGGUUUGCACGUCACCUUGUCUGAGGGGGAUUAAACAUCAGACUGCUCCAUUGUCAUUUUUUUUCCCCCGUUUUGGUUUUCAAAGUAUCCUGCAAGGAGAGACACUGUAGGAUCGUGGUGUGGAAAAUUUUACAGAUAUAUUUUAUGUCCUUACUCUGUAGAUGCCUGUACAGUGGACCUCUAUGUACAGCUACACGUGUGUUGUGAGGAAGUGAGAGAGCAUGUGUGCAGUCUGCUGUACUUUUCUGGUUUUUAAGUUCUUAGCAUUGGUGAGGGAGAUAUGGGAGACUCUCUUGACAAGCUGCUGUUUGUGUGUAUAGUGAGCUGACCGGUAGUAUUUUACUACCAUCUGUUUAAAACAAAAGCUGUAAUUUAUAUUCCCUAUCAACUUUAUUGUAUUUAAUUGGUACAGAUCUGUGUGUGUUUUAGAAUACAAACUGUCUAAUUCAGAGUCCAAA